AUGGAGCUAAGACAUGAGAAGCUAGUGAGGUUCUCCAAUGAUGGAAAACAGACUCUUGAACCUCCUUGGGAAGCUCACAAACUCCAUGAGAAGGCAUUCACAAUGUAUCCAGAAUGCAAAAUGAGUAAUGGUGACAAGAACAGAAUGAGUAUCAGAAUUCCCUCGCUUGCAAAGUUUAAGGUUUUCCCAGAAAACCAUAAGCCAUGGAAGAAGAGAAUUCUUGAUCCUGGCAGUGAUGUAAUUUUGGAGUGGAACCGGGCUUUCCUGUUUUCUUGCAUUCUGGCACUGUUUGUUGAUCCACUGUUUUUCUACCUUCCUUCAGUAGAAAAUGAUGGGAAAUCAUCGUGUAUGGCUACUGAUUUGAAUAUAGGAAUUGUUGUGACAUGUUUCCGGACAUUUGCUGAUGUUUUCUAUCUGCUCAACAUGGUCAUCAAGUUCAGAACUGCCUAUGUAUCACCGAGUUCAAGGGUGUUUGGAAGGGGUGAGCUUGUUAUGGAUCCUAGGCUGAUUGCAAGGCGAUAUUUGAGAUCAGAGUUCUUCCUUGAUCUUGUUGCUACACUGCCUCUUCCCCAGAUUGUGAUUUGGUUUAUCAUGCCAGCAAUCAGAAGCUCCCAUGCUGAUCAUACCAACAAUGCACUUGUACUCAUUGUUCUACUUCAAUAUGUCCCCAGAUUAUAUUUGAUUUUCCCAUUGAGUUCUCAGAUUAUUAAAGCCACCGGUGUAGUUACAAAGACAGCUUGGGCUGGGGCUGCUUACAAUCUUUUACUUUACAUGUUAGCUAGUCAUGUGUUGGGGGCAUCAUGGUAUUUGUUAUCAAUUGAAAGGCAUGCCACUUGCUGGAAAUCUGAAUGCAGAAAUGAAAGCCUCCCUGUAAAAUGUGCUCUUAAGUACUUAGAUUGUAGUACUUUAAACCAUGAUGAUCGCAUGAAGUGGGUAAACACUACUUCUGUGUUUGGUAACUGCAAUCCUGAAAAUAGCACCAAUUUCAACUAUGGAAUUUUUGCAAGUGCAGUGGAUAAUAAUGUUAUCUCCUCUGUGUUUAUAGAGAAGUACCUCUAUUGUCUGUGGUGGGGCUUGCAAAACUUAAGUUCCUAUGGCCAGGGUUUGACCACAAGCACAUUCGUUGGGGAAACUGCAUUUGCAAUACUCAUAGCUAUUCUGGGUUUGGUUUUGUUUGCCCACUUAAUUGGUAACAUGCAGACCUAUUUGCAAUCUAUUACUGUGAGGCUUGAAGAAUGGAGGCUCAAGCGACGUGACACUGAAGAGUGGAUGAGCCAUCGCCAGCUCCCACAAAAUCUGAGAGAGCGUGUCCGAAGAUUUGUUCAGUACAAGUGGCUUGCAACUCGUGGGGUUGAUGAAGAAACAAUCCUACGCGCCCUGCCUAUUGACCUACGUAGAGAUAUCCAACGCCACCUUUGCUUGGACCUUGUUCGACGUGUUCCCUUUUUCUCACAAAUGGAUGAUCAGCUACUUGAUGCUAUAUGCGAGAGAUUGGUAUCAUCCUUGAGUACUCAAGGCACGUACAUAGUCAGAGAAGGAGACCCGGUUUCAGAGAUGCUCUUUAUCAUCAGAGGGAGACUUGAAAGUUCAACCACAAAUGGAGGCAGAACUGGUUUCUUCAACUCCAUUACCUUGAGGCCUGGUGAUUUCUGUGGAGAAGAGCUACUUGCUUGGGCAUUGCUUCCAAAAUCCACUCUCAACUUGCCUUCUUCUACAAGAACUGUUAAAGCCCUCGUAGAAGUGGAGGCCUUUGCACUAAGAGCAGAAGAUCUUAAAUUUGUGGCCAAUCAGUUUAGACGUCUCCACAGCAAGAAGUUACAACACACUUUUCGUUUCUACUCUCACCAUUGGAGGACAUGGGCAGCAUGUUUCAUUCAGGCCGCUUGGCGCCGGUUCAAGAAGAGAAUGUUUGCGAAGAGCCUUAGCUUGAGGGAAUGCCAGUCCUUCAAUCAUGAUGGACAAGUCAGGGAUCAAAUGGAACAUGGGGAAGAAGAGCAUAGUGCAAUGACUUCAAACACUGCACAAGUAAAACAAAACCUUGGUGUCACUAUCCUGGCUUCAAGGUUUGCUGCAAACACAAGGAGAGGAGUUCAGAGGAUCAAGGAUGUUGAGCUGCCCAAGUUCCAAAAGCCUGAAGAGCCAGACUUUUCAGUAGAGCCUGAUGAUGAUUAG